AGUCGGCGACGGCGGCGGCCGCGAAGACCGUCUGACCCCAUGUGAGCAAAGCCACCCUCAGGAACCCAUGUGCAUCAUCUUCUUUAAGUUUGAUCCUCACCCCGUUUCCAGAAAUGCGUACAGGUCACCCCAGCGGGAACCCAUUGGCAUUUAUCCACGCAGAGAAUGAGGCUGAGAUGUAACCCACAACCAAAAAUGACAUUUGAAACUGCUUACUAAUGCAAUUGCCUGGGACGUUUUCAUCAUUUUUAAAUCUGUACCAGAAAUGAUGCACUAUUUUAACUAGCUUUUUGGAUUUAGGUCACCAUGCAAAAUCACAGACACAAUGUUACCUAAUGUCGUGGCUGAAUUAACUCAUUCCAGGCCAGGGAACAGAGGAUGAAGAGUGUCCAGUGUUCUCUUCCUGCAGAGGAGUGGGUAGCAGGGCCAGACCAGGGUCUGGGAGCUGACCCGGAACAUCCCCCAAUAGGAUGAGCUGUGUGAGUCAGGGUGCAGCCUCUAGACAGGAUCCAGGCAUAGUGAUUUCAGCAGGGAAAGUGUAAUAUACUCACUAUAAUGGGAUUGGCGUGCCCAGGGCAGAGCCCCAUCCUUCACCUCCGUGCUGAGAUCUAGACCUUGCUGGAGAGGCACAGCCAUGGCACACUGGAUAAUAGAGAAAUCUCUGGGGUGCUGCACUGGCAGAACUUGUUGGAAAUCUUUCCUCAAGGGUCCUAGCAACUGUUGCAGGGAGGAUGCUGGGGGGAAGGUGCUGGCCACUGGGUGCUGCUUACUAUUGUGAGCUGUGGAAGCCACGUGUUUCACAGGAGACUGAUGCCUGAUGAAGUCACGUGUGCCAUAGGAACCUAUAGAGAAAGCACUCAGGAGCCAGGAAAAGAAGGCUCUCCUCCUCCAGUGUCUCUUUGGCACCCUUUACUGACAAAACUUAGCAUGGUACCAGCUGCAAAGUUCAGCUUCAUUAUCACAUAACAGGCAAUGAAGGGUGAAUUUGGGGCUGAGAUGCAAUAAAUGGAUAACUGGCAUGGUCCACCUCUUUGGCUACUGAGCUUUUAUAUGCAACUAUCUGUACUCAUUUGAACACCCAUACAACAAAACAACUCUCUUUCCACUAAACAAGUGAAGAAUUUCUCAAAUGAAGAUAGGCAGCCUGACAGUCACUAACUUGAUCACUGCCUAUAUUUGUUACUCCCAGAUUCAGCCAUAGCCCCACUGAAUAUGCUGUUUCCUAAGGUUACCUCCAACCGCCUGCAAGUAAAAUAAAAAGGGAAAGAAGGAGGGAGGAGGGUGAGCAUGGAUCUCUCUUUCUAUUGCUCAGAACCUGUACAUCAUUGCCAGGACCUGUGCUCCUAACAACUAACUUCUUGUGGAUUGUGAUUCAAGACAGCCUGAGCGUUUCUCUCGUAUUUUUCAAAGCUCUAAGCCAAAGACUAAAUAUGCCGUCUCUGAGUGACUGACUGAAUAUACUCAGUGUUUUCUCGACUACGUGGAGGGCCAGAGGGGCUUCUGGUAACUGCUCCUGUUCUAGCUCUGGGGGCGUUCAGGCAGUGAGAACGGCAAGCUGCGGGCUCUCUGUAUGUGCACUUCUGUAUGUGUGUGAUGCGAGCACAGGACAGGGAGAGCCAGGAGGCGACUGCCAUGGGAGGGAAACCGCAGCAAGGCCAGUGAGAGGUUACGUGAGUUGAGCCUGGGCAUGUCAGAGAUUGAGGAGGGACUCUCAGUGAAGCAAUGAAGCGGGAGCAGGCCCGGUGCCAGGGCCAUUGGCAUAGAGGGGAGGAGGCCCUUGCUGUCUAGGACUGCCAGGGCCUAUCUGGGCCAGCCAGGCCUGCCUUCGCGCCCCUCACUUGGGCUCCUUCUUACCUUAGCCAUCGCCGUCCUGGCCUGGGAUAUACCAGCCUCUGCCCCCUGCCCUGGCAUCCACAGCUGUAUCAUCAUCUGCCCUCCAUGUAGCACUCCAUGGGAGUGUCCUUUGUUUGUGUGUGUGUGAUAAGGUAUAGAUAACAUAAAAUUUUGCCAUUCUAACCAUUUGUUAAGUGUUUAGUUCCACAGCAUUAAGUAUAUUCACAUUGUUUUCCAGCCAUCACUUGCUGUCCAUCUCCAGAGCUCUUUUCAUCUUCCCAAACUCAAAUUCUGUCCCCAUUUAAUAAUUAUCCCCAUUCCCCCUCCUCUUAGCCCCUGGCAACCACCAUUCUCCUUUCUAUGACCUUGACUACCCUGGGUACCUUAUAUAAGUGGAAUCAUACAAUAUUUAUCCUUUUGUGACUGGCUUAUUUCGACUUAGCACAACAUCUUCAAGAUUCAUCCAUGUCGUAGUAUGUCAGAAUUUCUUUCCUUUGAAUAGAGAGACCACAUUUAUUUAUCCAUUCAUCCAUUAGUAAAUACUUGGGUUGUGUCUAUCUCUUGGCUGUUGUGAAUAAUGUUGUUAUGAAUAUUAGUGUACAAGUAUCUGUUUGACUGCUGCUUCCAAUUCUUUUGGGUGUGUACCCAAAAUAGAGUUGCUGGAUCAUAUGGCAAUUCUGUUUCUGACUUUUUGAGGAACUGCCAAAUUGAUUUCCUCACAUGUCUUUUGAUGGCCCUGUCAUAGGCUCCCCUCGCUGUAUCAGCCCAUGUCCCCUUUUGGAUAGCAGAGAGUGUCAUCAUUGUACACCAUCCAGACCAGGUCCUCUCUCCUUAUCCAGAUGGUCCCGGUGCCAGGGCUGGUGUUCACAUGGACCCUGCUACCCAAAAAUCUGGUCCAUGUGGCUGGGACUGAUGAGACCCCUGUGCUCCCUCCAGCACCCUCAAUAUCGACUAUACAGUGGCCUCUUGCCCCUCAGGGUAACAGAUGGUACCUGUUUUCAUUCAUAUUUGUGGAUUAAGCUUAUCCCUGUAGUCAGUGUUGCUCCAGGUUAGAUGAUUGCAAAGAGGAUUUUUCCAUUUGGACCUGUGGCCAUUAUUACCUUGUAUAUAAAUGUGAUUCAAACAGGUCGCCUCUGCUUGCAGAAGAGACUUAAGACGUUCUCAUUUUCGAUGCCGUGGGCAGUGACCCUUGUGACUCUUUUCCAGAUGCUGAUCUUAUGGGAAUUUGUUUUCUAGCUUCCCAGGAGUUCUGUGGAAGGGGAAAGAAGAAAGCAUCGGCCACUCAGAGUGUGCAUCUUGUGGUCUGUUUAUGCCCAGACUCAGCAAUCACUGUCUGGCUGGCCUGCAGUAUGGAGGGAGGGGAGCCAGCUCGGCACCUGCCCAGAGAGUGAAUGCUCAUCCUGGCAGCCAACAGGGAUGAAUUCUACCACAGACCAUCCAAGUUAGCAGACUUCUGGGGGAACAACAAUGAGAUCCUCAGCGGGCUCGACAUGGAGGAAGGCAAGGAAGGAGGCACGUGGCUGGGCAUCAGCACACGCGGAAAGCUGGCAGCAAUCACCAACUACCUGCAGCCGAAGUUGGACCUGGAAGCCCCUGGUCGAGGCAAACUUGUGGCCCACUUUCUGACCACAGACAUGGACAGCUUGUCCUACCUGAAGAAGGUCUCCGCAGAGGGACACCUGUACAACGGCUUCAACCUCAUAGCAGCUGAUCUGAGCACAGAGAAGGGAGAUGUUAUCUGCUACUAUGGAAACCGGGGGGAGCCUGAGCCGGUUGUCCUGGAACCAGGGACCUAUGGGCUGAGUAAUGCGCUGCUGGAGACGCCCUGGAAAAAGCUGUGCUUUGGGAAGCAGCUCUUCCUGGAGGCUGUGGAACGGUGCCAGGCACUCCCUAAGGAAGUCCUCAUCACCCAGCUCCUGGACGUGCUCAACAACGAGGAGGCGCAGUUGCCGGACCCGGCCAUUGAGGACCAGGGCAGGGAGUCCGUGCAGCCCAUUCUGAGCAAGUACGCAGCUGUGUGUGUACGUUGCCCAGACUACGGGACCAGAACCAACACAGUCAUCCUCGUGGACGCGGAUGGGCACGUGACCUUCACAGAGCGCAGCAUGCUGGACAAGGACCCUUCCCGCUGGGAGACCAGCACGCACGAGUUCAGGCUGCAGAGCUAAGCCCGUGUGGCCAGAGGACUCCUGUAAGGCCCUGCCUUGAGGGAUGGACAGAAACCUUCCACACCAUAUACACUACCUGUGACUCUGCCAGUAAACUCCCAGGACCACAGCCCUCUGAUUUGUGUGUGAUUUAUCUGUGUCCCUGUAUCUAGCUUGAGGUCCACCCUUACGCCAGUGGGACUGACAGAGUCACACAGCCAGGUCAGGGAUAGGUCCAGGUAUGCUGCGUAUGUGUGAAUGCAUCUGGGUCUGUUCUCUGUCCGUGCAUAGAGACACACGCACAAGACACAUGCUUACAUACAUGCCUACAGGUACACAGGCACAUAGGUACACCCAUAGGGCAUGAACACACAGGCACACACAUGCACAGGUAAGAUAUGUGCACACAUGCUGGAACACACACACACUCCCAGGCAUACAUACACUCAUGCAUGUAACAGAUAGGCAGAGGUGUGCUUCUCCCACCCACAAGCCCUUCUAGCCAGUGGGUCUUUGCUUUGAUCAAAACAACAGGAGUAGACCUAUUUCAAACUGGCACCACCUCUCCUGGGUGUAGUCCAGUUCCUGACAGUUAGACCUGCUCAUUAAGAGGAAAUGGGCCAUGUUUAGAAUGAGGAAUGAGGAAGACCCAAGAAAAACCUACUCUCAUAACAGAAGCAUAGUCUGGUUGGUAGAUUCAGUGGUCCUGUGUGUGCUAGGGGGUCCCAUGUACAUGGGGCUCUUCUGUGGGGCAGGGAGUAGUCCUGCAUGCACCAGGGGUCCUUUGUGUGCUCAGCACCUUGGCAGUCUGUCAGGCCUUGCCUGCCCACUAGGAAUCAUAGGUUCUGGGCAAGCCCAUCUCAUUCAGGGGAUAGAGCCAGCCCCUGCCUUUCCCUUCUCCUUGGGGAGUCAAACUUUAUAGGAAUUUAUAUUUGAAUGUGACACAUUGAUAAUAAAACUGAGGCUGUGGUGA